AUCUGCUGGGCCGCACGCGAGGACCGAACUUACCGGUCACUUUCUCCUCCAUCAGCCGCUUCUACCCUUAAUUUUAUUCUUUUUUCUCUCUCGACCCCGUAAUUGAAACCGUGAUGAAAUUAAAUAAAGUUAAUUCGGCUUUUCCGCUCAGUUAAAUGUGUUUAUCAGGUCAGACGGUUGGGUUUUUCUCUCCCCCCUCGGUUUUCUGCUGUGUGACGGAUUCAGGACCGUCCGGCUUCGUCUGACGUGUUUUUGGUUAGCAAAGUGGCUAACAAGUUUAUUUCUGAGGUAAAAGUUUCAAAUAUGUUCGUGAAAUUGACGCUUUAGGCGAUUAACGUGUCGCUUUAUGACAAAUUCGGGCCAUUUGCUGAGUGUUAAGGUCCAGAAGGAAAACUUUUCGGACUAACUUUUCUGCCCCCGGUUGGGAUUUAACAGCGCUGGAUGUUCGUUAGCGUUAGCAUGCUAAACAGGUGCGGCUAGUCCAGACACCCAGAGAAAUAAACACCUGUAUUUGAUUGAGAUUUUUCUCUAUAUCACAUUUUUCUGCCUGGACUUUGGAUUGGAUCGUUUUUGCAAGUGGUGCUGAGAGCUGAUUGGCCGGUGAUUGCCAUGGCCUCUUCGGUGAAGGUGGCGGUUCGCGUGCGGCCCUUUAACAACCGCGAGACAAAUCGUGCAGCAAAGUGUGUGAUUCAGAUGCAAGACAAAUCCACCUGCAUCAUCAAUCCCAAACAGCCCAAAGAUGCACCCAAGAGUUUCACUUUCGAUUACUCUUACUGGUCACACAGCACGGAAGAGGACCCAUCCUUCGCAUCUCAGAGGAAGGUUUAUUUGGACAUCGGGGAAGAAAUGUUGCUUCAUGCCUUCGAGGGCUACAACGUUUGCAUCUUCGCUUACGGCCAAACCGGAGCUGGAAAAUCGUACACGAUGAUGGGCAAACAGGAACCAGACCAGCAGGGCAUCAUACCCCAGCUCUGUGAAGACUUGUUCAAACGCAUUGCAGAGAACACCGACCCCGACUUGUCCUUCUCUGUGGAGGUGUCCUAUAUGGAGAUUUACUGUGAGCGUGUGAGGGAUCUGCUGAACCCCAAGUGUAAAGGCCCCCUGCGAGUCAGAGAGCACCCCAUCAUGGGUCCGUAUGUGGAAGAUCUGUCCAAGAUGGCUGUUACUAACUAUAGCGACAUCGCUGACCUGAUGGACUGUGGCAACAAGGCCAGAACGGUGGCCGCGACCAACAUGAACGAGACCAGCAGCCGCUCCCACGCUGUUUUCACCAUCCUGUUCACACAGCGCCGCCACGACCAGAUGACCAACCUCGACACUGAGAAGGUGAGCAAGAUCAGUCUGGUCGAUCUGGCAGGAAGUGAAAGAGCCGAUUCAUCCGGUGCAAAAGGCAUGAGGUUAAAGGAGGGUGCAAAUAUCAACAAGUCUCUGACCACGCUAGGAAAGGUCAUCUCAGCGCUGGCAGACAUGCAAAGCACCAAGAAGAGAAAGUCUGACUUCAUUCCAUACAGAGACUCGGUGCUCACAUGGUUACUGAGGGAGAACCUGGGGGGGAACUCGCGUACAGCCAUGAUUGCGGCACUCAGUCCGGCAGACAUCAACUAUGAGGAAACACUCAGCACACUCAGGUAUGCGGACCGGGCGAAGCAGAUCCGCUGUAAUGCUGUUAUUAACGAAGACCCCAACGCUCGCUUGGUCCGAGAACUCAAAGAGGAAGUGGCCCGGCUGAAAGAGCUGCUUCUUGCUCAAGGCCUCAGUGACCUCAUUCCUGCAGCAGUGUCCUCCGUAGCUGGAGUUCCAGGUCUGCCCCAGCAGCCGGCCCUCCCGGGAGUGGAGCAGAUUACCCCUGAUGCAUCGGUGGAGGCCGACAGUCCUGACGGCCCAGUCAAACCCAUCAGCAAGGAGGAGGCUGUCGAGAGACUGAAGGAAACAGAAAAGAUAAUUGAAGAACUGAACGAGACGUGGGAGGACAAACUGCGCAAGACUGAAUCCAUCCGCCUGGAGCGGGAGGCUCUGCUGGCCGAGAUGGGAGUGUCCAUACGAGAGGAUGGAGGGACUGUUGGUGUAUUCUCCCCUAAAAAAACUCCUCACCUGGUGAACUUGAACGAAGACCCUCUGAUGUCUGAAUGCCUGCUGUAUUACAUAAAGGACGGGAUUACCAGGGUCGGACAGGAAGAUGUGGAUAUCCGUCUGAGUGGGCAGUUCAUAAAGGAGCUGCACUGUGUGUUCUGCAGUGACGUGGAGAACACCGGAGAAGUUAUCGUGACGUUGGAGCCGUUACCUGGGGCCGAAACCUACGUCAACGGGAAGCAGAUUACGGAAGGAGUCGUACUCAGACAAGGUAACCGGGUUGUGAUGGGGAAGAACCACGUGUUCCGCUUUAACCACCCCGAGCAGGCGCGUAUGGAGAGGGAACGCAGUGCCACACAGGAACACCAGGGUGAGCAAGUGGACUGGAGCUACGCACAGAAAGAACUGCUGGAGAAACAAGGCAUAGACAUCAAACAGGAGAUGGAGAGGAGGCUGCAGGAUUUGGAGAAUCAGUAUCGCAAAGAGAAGGAGGAGGCCGACCAACUACUGGAACAGCAUAGACUGUAUGCGGACUCUGACAGCGGCGAUGACUCGGAUAAACGCUCCUGUGAGGAGAGCUGGAGGCUCAUUUCCUCACUGCGAGAGAAACUUCCAGCCAACAAGGUGCAGUCCAUAGUGAAGAAGUGCGGCUUGCCGAGCAGCGGGAAGCGGCGUGAGCCUCUGCGUGUCUACCAGAUUCCUCAGCGACGGAGUCUUCCUGCCAGGCUAGAAACCAAACAGCACCCGAGUCUGGAGGAGCUGCGCACUCAGGCUAUCAAAGAGAUCUGCUACGAGGUGGCUCUGGGAGAUUUCCGGCACACCCGUCAGGAGAUCGAGGCUCUGUCCAUCGUGCGCAUGAAGGAGCUGUGCAGGACGUACGGACAGAGGGACCCUCAGGAGCGAGAGAGCUGGAGGAGCGUGGCCAGGGAGGUGUGCGACACGGUGGGGAUCGGAGAGGACGAGGGCGAGGCGGAGGAGAAGCCGGCGGGACAGGAGAGGGAGAGGGAGAGAGGAACGGAGGCCAGAGGGAAGACUAACAUGGGAGAUCUGAAGGCGCACAUCGAUAAGCUGACCGACAUUCUGCAGGAGGUGAAGCUGCAGAACAACAUGAAGGACGAGGAGAUCAGAUCACUCAGGGACAGAAUGGUCAAGAUGGAGAGCAUCUUUCCAGUAGAGCUGCAGGACGACGACGAGGACGAGGACGACUCCAUAGCCGAUGCGGGCGGAGCACGAGUCGACGACGAGGCGGGGCGUGGCAGCCGGCAUGUGCAGGACGACCCCGGGUAUCAGCGCGGCCGCCACAGGUGGCAGUACCCCGAUAAAUACUGCGACCCCAAGCGUCGCCGUGACGCCGGCGCUCCCUCCUCUCAGCAACCGGUCCGUCCUCAAAGCGCUCCCUUCAGCAACGGGUCGGGGCGUGUCCAGAACGCUCUCUCCUCCCCUCAGACCGGGCGUGUCCCGAACGGACCUUUCCUUCCAGGGAUGGGCCGCUUCCUGCCACCCUUGGAGAGGAGGUUGCUGUUCCCGUUCAAGGGAAACCCGCAGCACAGAGGCUUCCAGUGGGGCGCGCCGUCCGGCCAAAGGGAACUGGAAACGCCGGAGGGGAGGGAUUCGGCCUCGCCCCCGUCCUCCUCCGUGCACACCUUCCACUCCCCUCCUUCUCCCACCAAGGGGCAGUGGCAGCGGCGUAACCAUGGAAACAGAGGGCGCGGCAACCGGAACCGGUCCAGGAACCGGGGGCGCAACCCUUUCGACGGGUUCGUCCAGAAUCAGCAUCAGUACGACGGGGAGCGCACGGAGGGCGCGGACGCUCAUCCACGCGCCAAGUACACUUGGUACAGCCCGAACACGAAUCAGGACGCGGCCCAGACGAACCAGAGCAAGCAAGGCUUCCAAAAACACCUCGAUCGAGGCUUUUACGUGCCCCCUCGGCAUCAGUCUGCGCCGCCCGAGAGGAGCCUGGGCAACCCCGGGGAGAGUUCUGCCCCGCCCACCACGCAAGAGCUCGCCAGCCCUAUGGAGACCUGAUCGGUCGACUUGUCCGAGACGACGGCCGACGGCGAUAGGGAAAGUGACGUUCAGGAAUCAGGAUGUCGGAUCGAAUCGUUUUGAUGAGAAAUGUGGUUACAGAUGUCGUGGAUUUGAUGGAUUUGUUGCAAGUGUUCGGCAGUUUUUACUCGUUUUAGGUUCAUUAAGUGAUAAACUGGUGAUUUUUGCUGUGGUUAAAUGUACAAAUGUUUGGAAAGUCUCCUCCCGCCUGGUCAAAACUAAAGAGGAGUUUUACAAAAUAUGCUGGAAUAUUAUUACAGAUUACUGUCGAUGUUAAUACUAAUUAUUUGUAAUAUUACUGUGGGGAGACACUACGCGUGCUUUCGUUGCACUCUGGUUGCACAACGAGCGCUAAGCAGCUUUGCACACAAACCUUUUACCGUGCAAUCGUGCGAUGGUUUUAGACGAGAAUCGGCUCCGGUGCCUUAUGGUGGACGCCUACAAUCCUUUCACUGUUUCCACUCGCUGUUUAUAGUCUGCGUACGGCGGCGUGUUCGCGUAUAGCGCUUCGCACUGUUCGUACGACAGAACGGAACGCCGGACCUUCGUGCCUUAUCGUGCGCGGUGAGGUUGUGGGUUUUCUUUUCUUUCUUUCUGAUUUUGUAUAUUUGGAAACGGCUGCUGCUGAGUUCUGAGUUCUGCCUCGUGCCGCGGAGGAAACGGUGUCGAAUACGAUGAAACAGAACGACAAGAGCUACAAGCCCAUCGCGAGUGCAGAUAGAAGCAAAUACAGACCGAGCCGCCACCAGUCAGGCACGGGUGCACACGUCUGUAUUUAUAUAUUAAUAAAUCUUACAGUAUAAAGGCUCAGAUCAUUCGUGGAUUGUUUUUUGUCCGUAAUCAGUACGCUAAACAUAAUCAAAUGCUUCACAGUGCUGCAUCAGAUUAUCAAGGGUUGGUUUGUUUGUUUGUUUAUUAUGAUUGUAACGUCAUGUUUGUUUACAGUCAUGACAGGAACGGUAGUUACUCAUUACACAAGGUUCAUCAGUUCACAAGAUUAUAUCGAACACACAGUGUUGGACAAUUUAGUGUCUCCAGUUCACCUCACUUGCACGUCUUCGUACCGUGGGAGGAAACCGGAGCACCCGGAGGAAACCCACGCGGAACGCUCCACCUGGGGAUCGAACCCAGGACCUUCUUGCUGUGAGGCGACAGUGCUACCCACCGAGCCACCGUGCCGCCCAUCGAGGGUUGUCAAAUUAAAAAUGGAACGGAAGUGAAACACUCCGGGUCGUACCCGGUAUGGAUUCUCGGCUGGUUGGGGCAGGGGCAGGGGCAGGGGCGUGGUCGUUUCAGUACUGUGUUUGAUACGUAGGUCAUUUAAAAAUCGCUCGAGGUCCAGUGCACUAGCGUUAAUCUCAGCUGUGUGUCUGUAGGGGAAGGAAACGCUCGAGCAGAGGUUUAUCAUUAUUGCUGCCGCGACUGCGGCCUCUGCUGGCUGCUCGGGGGCCUGCACAAGGGCCGACUGAGGUCACUGGUUGGGCCCCUUUUUGUUCGGGAAGAUACUGAAUUCGAAUAAAUUAGAACUGACUACAUUUAUAUUUACAUUUUUGGCAUUUAGCAGACGCUUUUAUCCAAAACGACGGUGACAGCAUAUUGUCCAAACAAUUGAGGGUCAAAGGCCUUGCUCAGGGGUCCAUCAGUGGGGCUUGAAUCAGCGACCUUUCGAUUACUAGUCCAGUACCUUCACCACUAGGCUACAACUGACUAGAUUGAAAGCUGCAUUUUUAAAUUAUAUCAUCACUUUUUAUUGUCUUUUAAUCAUGUUUUAUUAGAAAGAUCUCGAUUGUAUUCUGUGUUUUGAUGAUUUUUUUUUUUAGGUAUAAAAUGAUGAAAUAAGUAAACACACUAUUUAGAGGACGUUUAUGAUCUUAUACUGAUAUUAUAAUAGUGCGUCGUUAACAAUCUGGUGUUAGUUUCACGUUGCUGCCGUGUUAAUGGGGUUUUUACACUCUGGUUUUGGAUGUUUUGGGGUGUUUGUAGGGUAGCAGUGUUUUGGGACUGAACCUCACAUCACAAGCGUUCAUCUGUACAUUUUUAAACCUCUUUGGUUCUACGUUUGUCUGGUCUGUAUUUGAAUCCGUUUGCUUUGCCUGUAGAUCUUGUCGUUAUGAAUCAUAUUCUUUGGCACCAGUUUAACUCCAUGAUGUGCCUGCUGGGGCAAAAAAACAACAACAACAUACCAAAGAGCUUCGAGGUCAGAAGCCACUCAGGUGCUGUUAUUUCUACACUGUGGAUGUCCGACCCAAAUGUUAGAUGUUUUUCCCCAUCGUUUUCAUCUCUCGCUCCCUCCCUGUGCUGCGUCUCUGUGCUGCGUCCCUGUGCUGCGUCUCUGUGCUGCGUCCGUGCUGUGUCCCUGUGCUACGUCUCUGUGCUGCGUCCCUGUGCUGCGUCUCUGUGCUGCGUCCCUGUGCUGCGUCUCUGUGCUGCGUCCGUGCUGUGUCCCUGUGCUACGUCUCUGUGCUGCGUCCCUGUACUGCGACUGUUUUAGCAUGGACGUUUUUACGUGUUAGCGUUUGAGAAUCUAUAACAAACAAACUGUAUUUUAGAAGUUUUUUUAACCUGUGGCGUUGGAGCCGCACGCGGGCGCAGACGUGUCAAUGAUAUGCAACUUAAACUUUGACUAUUAAAGGAAUGUUGUUACCUGAACAA